AGAAGAGAGAGAAGAUUAAUAGCCACCACAUCUGCUUAACCACCAACGUAAACCAUUGAAUUUGAGACCCCUCUUGACCUUCUAAAAUCUUAAGAGUCAUCUGGCUGUUGUUCUUCCCAUCCUAUCCAACCUCUCUCUGUCUCUCUCUCUCUCUGUUUCCACCAAGGAGUUCUCCAUUUUGAUUUUUUGAUUGCUAGAUAAAAGACCUUAGUUUUCAUGGUGUCUUCUUUGCAGCAUUCAAGAAAAAUGAAUGUGAAGGGAGAUGGAGAAGAAGAAGUUUUCAUUUGAAUAUCCUGGACCCCAAGAACCCUUGCAUUCAAAGGAUACAUCAUUAUCUCCAUAAAGGUGGUCCUCCCAUGGCAACCAAGGUGAAAGGGUUCUUCAAGGGGUUCAAAAAUAUCACCCAAAUCUUUGUUGUCAAGGAGCAUGAGAUGGAGAUUGGAUACCCAACGGAUGUGAAACAUGUGGCGCACAUUGGUUGGGAUAGUGCAUCUGUGAAUGCUCCUAGCUGGAUGAACGAGUUCAAGACAUCAAAUGAUCUCUCAACAACACCUCUUAGUAGCCAUGGACAGACCAGAGAGACCUCUAGGAUUUCUCAAAAAUCUGAUCAACCUAGAGGACUCCAGCCAACUCUUGUGGCAAACGUAGAUUGCACUCACCCUGAUAAACCUAAAGCUCCCAGAAAGACAAAACGAAAGAAGUGUAAGGUUUCAUCUCCAUCAUCUUCAUCAAGAUCUUCGAGAAGGUCAUCGAGGUCAAGAGCUGCGCAAUGCACCACGGUUGAGGAAGCUGGUGAAAUGAGCCAAAUUUGUACAUUAGAAUAACUUUAAGGACAAAACCACGAGAGUGAUCAUAAGACUUCACAUGGUUUGAUGAAUCCUUGAUGCGAGACUUCUUUGGUGGCUAUGUUAUGCCUAUAAGGAAUGAAGGAGCAUGAGCUUGAUUGGCAGGUUUGCACAGGCAGAAUUCUUCUUUGGUCUAGCGAAUGCCGAUAACAAAUACUUCUGAAGCUAUUUUCACUCGUCCAUGGCCUGAAUUCUGAACCUUCUAUUGCUUGUUAUUUUAUGAGGGAAGAGAGAAGAGGAAGGUAGAAGGUAAGUUAAUUUGUAAGUUGGUAAUCUCUUCUGUAAAUUUGACUAUUUAACCUUCUCACUAUGCAAAUUUUUAUAUAAUUUCUUUUCUA